CCGGCCCGGAAGUGGUGGAGGCGCGCGUGCGCCGGGCUGCUGCCGAAUUCUGAGCGGACACGUCAGUGCAGAGCGCGAGACUCCGCCAGCCGGUUCUGAUCGGCCCGCUCCCCCCCUGCCGCCAUGUCCGAGCUGGGAGACUGGUUCCGCAGCGUGCCGCCGGUGACCCGGUACUGGUUCGCGGGUUCGGUGGCCCUGCCGCUGGUGGCCAAGCUGGGACUGCUCAACCCCGUCUACCUGGUGCUCUGGCCCGAGGCCUUCCUCCACAAAUUCCAGAUUUGGAGACCGCUCACUGCAACAUUUUACUUCCCUGUGGGACCUGCGACAGGCUUUUUGUACAUGGUGAAUUUAUAUUUCCUGUAUCAGUAUUCAACACGACUUGAAACUGGUGUGUUUGAUGGCCGACCUGCAGACUAUUUGUUUAUGCUCCUUUUUAACUGGAUCUGCAUUGUUAUUUCUGCAGUGGUCAUGGAUAAGCAGCUAUUGAUGAUCCCUCUUAUAAUGUCAGUUCUGUAUGUCUGGUCUCAGUUGAACAAAGAUACAGUAGUAUCAUUUUGGUUUGGAACAAGAUUUAAGGCCCAUUAUCUUCCGUGGGUCAUUCUCGGAUUCAACUACAUAAUCAGCGGAUCAGUCGUCGAUGAGCUUAUUGGAAAUCUAGUUGGACACCUGUUCUACUUCUUGAUGUUUAAGUACCCUGCGGACUUAGGAGGAAGGAGCUUUUUAUCUACACCACAGUUCCUCUACCGCUGGCUUCCUAGCCGAAGAGGUGGCAUUUCAGGAUUUGGCAUCCCACCAGAGAGUGCAAGAAGACCAGCAGACAAUCCUCCCGCAGGUGGCGGCAGACACAACUGGGGACAAGGUGUCCGACUAGGUGACCAGUAAAAGGCUUAUCAGAUUUGUGCCGGAAACUUUUUUACUUUUCUUUAGAAUUUUAGAAUGGACUCGACACAUAAAGAGCAUAAACGUAUGUAAGAGACAAGAAGAAUCAACCACUGCUAAGAAAUUUCUCUGUUGAUGGAUGCAACGUGUAGUGGUAAAUGUAAACCAAGGUACAAAUGUGUAUUGAGCUGCUGCACAGGCCAGCUGACUGCAGGUGUGAACACGUCUCCCGCAAUUUGUGAAGAUUACUCUCUGCCAGUUACGUUGCCUGAAAAUCCCUUGAUAUAUGGAGGAAUUGCAAAAGGCAAACUCUGUCUUAUGGAUGUGUUGCGAUUCUCCCUUAAUGUAAAUAAAAGGUUCAAAGGUUCUCUUUAGAGAAGCUUUGAGAAUA